UGAUCUUUGAUUCAUUGAUUUCUCAGGGAGUAUUCUCAGCGCCGGCGGUGGUGGACCGUUCGAGAAAGCAACGUCGUCCGAUUGGAUCGAUAUGAUUAACAGAUUUCAGAACGCUGCGCUUGAGUCUCGCCUCGGGAUUCCACUUCUCUACGGUACUGACGCUGUUCAUGGCAACAACAACGUCUACGGUGCCACUGUAUUUCCUCACAACAUUGGCCUUGGAGCUACUAGAGAUGCAGAGUUGGUUAGGAGGAUUGGAGUUGCAACUGCUCUUGAAGUUAGGGCUCGUGGCGCUCAGUUUACUUUUGCUCCUUGUGUGGCUGUAAGUUCUCGUAAUUUUUUAUAUUAGAUUAUUUGAUCGGAUUAUUAUCAGACCAUUCUGUGUUCAUUUUGGUUCAAAUUGGUCAUCCAUGUAUCAAAGAUUUAUGUAAAUAUGAAUGAACUUUGUUUGUGGCAUUACGUGUUUGAUCAAACGCGAGAAUGAACUUUGUUUUUUUCUUUCCCAAACAAAAUAUGAAUCUUAAG